AUGAACGCUCGCCGUGGAAUCCAGGAUCUUCCACAGGAGAUCUUCCAUAUAAUCUUAAACUACCUGGGGGACAACAAGCAGAUCCUCAGGAACUGCAGUCUCGUCUGUCGAUCCUGGCUCCAGGCGAGCCGCCCGCGCUUCUUUGCCGUCGUCUCGCUCUAUGCCUGCGAGCGCCGCCUAGUAAACUUCCUCGACUUCCUCGACACGCACCCGGACAUCACCAGCCAUGUACGGUCGCUCAUGCUA